AUGGGGGUAAUUUUAUUCAGGAAAUUGGGAAUAACCAGGAGAUUGUUUGGAACAAUUCAAAAUUUACUGAACGAGCCUUUUAAUAUUUAUACUAAUAAUCAUAUAGUAACAUCAACACAUUUUUCAAAAGAAAUAUAUAUUAUGAAUAAUAAACUUCUAUACUAUAUUAGAGAUUAUUUUAAAUUAAAUUAUUGUCUAAACAUUUUGAAUAAUAGUCAGAAUAAAACAAGAAUAGGAUGUCUAUUCCCUCCUUGUUAUUCUCAACUUAUUUUUAAAUUUUGCAUUUUAUUAAAUAAUUUUGAUUAUGUAUCAAUACCUACACCAAUAUAUAAAUCAAAACAAAUAAAACAAAAAUAUUCUUUUUAUAUAGCUGAAAAUAAUAUCGAUUUAAUUUUGUGUCAUCCUUUUUAUAAACAUUAUAUUGAAGAAAUAGCUUAUAAUUUGCAAUUACCAUUUUUAAUAUGUUAUGAUAAACCAGAUAUAAUAACACCCCAUGAAUAUUUAGAAGAUUUACAAGAAGGCAAGGAAAAGUUUGCUCACAAUUUAUUUCAUAGCAUGGAAAAAUCGAAUGAUUUGAUAAAAGAAUGGGAAACAAAUGUAGAGGGGAAUGAAAUUACAAUGCCAAAUAAAGAUAAAAAUUUUGAGCAACUUGCGAAUUUAAAAAGUGAAGAAAAAAUAGAAAAAGACCAAAAUGAUAACUAUCUACAUAUGCAAUUAUCCAAAGAAAAUGAAUGUGAUAAAAGCAUAAAAUUCAAAUUAUCUGAUAUAUUAGAACAAGGUAAAAGUAUAAAAAAUGCUAUAGAAUUUAAUGAAGAGAAUAAAAAUGUAUUAAUAUGUUUGCCUGCUAAUAAUAUCCAAUAUUUUGAUAUAGUAUUUAGUAUGAUAAAUGUGAAUGCAACAAUAAUAUAUCCAGAAAUAUGUAAAAAUAAAAUAUUAAAAAAUAAUUACAUGGAAUGGUUUAAAAAUAAUAUGAAAAGUAAUAAAGAUAAUAACUUUUCAAUUCAUGAUUUAAUUAUAAAAAAUGAUUUUAAAAAUAUUGAUUUUGAUUUUAUUGAUGGUCCAACUUUAUUUGAAGAAAUACAAAAUAGUGAACAAAAAAUAAAUAUAUUAAUAUGCAACAAUUAUUUACUUCGUGAUUUUAUAAUUUUUUUUGAAAACUCACAAAUAAAUAAUAUAACAAAACGAGAAUUUAUACAAAAAAAAGCAAAUCAUAUAAAUACGAUUAUAAUAAAUGGUAACGAAAUAAUGCCUGGAAUUAAUAAAAAAUAUAUAGACAAAAUUAAAAAUAUUUUUAUAAAUGCAAAAAUCUAUCAAAGAUAUAUAAUACAAGAAAUAGGCACAGUUUGUAUAUUAGAUUAUGAUCAAUUAAAUAACGAGAAUAUAAAUUAUGAUAGAAAACUAGCUGGUUAUAUAUUACCAAAUAUAUCUAUAAAAAUAGAUAAAGAAACAAAUUUAAUGAAAAUUAAAUCAGAUAAUAUAUUUAGUGAAUAUUAUAACAACAACAAAAUUACUGAAAAUUCAUUUGACCCAGAUGGAUUUUUUAAAACAAAAUAUUUGGCUUCUCUAAAUGAAGGACAAUCUUUAUUAAAAAUAGAAGGUAUUCAUAACAGUUUGGAAAAUAUGCCUGAUGAAUAUUAUUUAUACUACAAACAGAGGCGAGAUAAAAUGGAAAAAAACCCUCCUGGUUAUUUGAAGAGAGUUAAACUCCAAGGUAAAAUAUGGGGAAAUUUCCACGCAAAUAAGAAGAAUUGGAAACGAAAAUUUUGA